ACCCCAUGAAUGAAUGGAGUUUUAUUUGAUAAGAAAAUUAUUUUUCGAAUACCUAGGAGAUUGCCUGCAGAUAAAUGACUACCUCUUAGAUAAUGCGGCUAUUCGACCUAGGCCUUAACCAUAAUCUGCAUCUCGGGUUUGUUGUGUGGUCACCAAAUUGAAGUCCAACCGCAUUUAUGCAAUGAAAGUCAUUCAAUCGUAAAGUUUCCGCACCUUAUAAAUUGUUUUGUUCGCCAAACUGGCUGAUUAGUCGUGAAGUCUUUGGCAUCAUGUGGCACUUGGCACUGGGUUUGUUGCAGCAGCUGAGUGCUGCUCCAGCUAUUGUUGUGGAACGGAAUAAGUUUGCCUACUACAAAGUGCCCGUUCAAAUGAUCGAGCAGAUGUUGAUCAGUAGCAGCAGGAGCAGCAACAACUGGAAUUCGGGUAACAAUUCAGAUCUGUAUCUAGUGCUUCAAUGUCCGCCCAAAUUGGAUGAUAGCAUACCCAAGCCAAAAGAUAUGCUCAACUGCAAUGUAAUCGAUGAGUACAAGGAAUUGUGGUCGGAGAAGGUUAAAGUACUGAAAAGAAAGAAGAAUCAACGUCUGCAUAUGAUGCCAUUUCGUAUAGUGAUACGACCAUUAAAUCCACCAGCUAUGCGGAAACGAAAACGUCCAAAACGGGAGCAGAGAAAGAAACUGGACAAAAAUCUUGAUGAGAUUAUGGUCGAUAGUCCCCUAAAACAUCUAGGUGGCCCACAUAUAAGACAAAAGGUACUGAAACUCUCAGCGGAUCAUGGUAAAUUUAAGCGUGGAAAUAGCUCCAAGGGCUUCCAGCAUAUAUAUCAUCGUGACGAAAUAUAUAAUGAUCACAUUUUCUAUGAUGAACUGCAAACAGAUGGAGAAUAUCAUAAUUAUCUCAAGCAAAAGAUCCUUUCAUGAUUUGAGGUUCUAUAAUGAACCAUAUCUAAAUAAAUGGUUUUAUUUAUUAUGCAA